AUGGGUCGGCUGGUGGUGGUGUCUGGGCUGACACAGACUCUGGUGGUGGUGUCUGGGCUGACGCAGACUCUGGUGGUGGUGUCUGGGCUGACACAGACUCUGGUGGUGGUGUCUGGGCUGACACAGACUCUGGUGGUGGUGUCUGGGCUGACACAGACUCUGGUGGUGGUGUCUGGGCUGACACAGACUCUGGUGGUGGUGUCUGGGCUGACACAGACUCUGGUGGUGGUGUCUGGGCUGACACAGACUCUGGUGGUGGUGUCUGGGCUGACACAGACUCUGGUGGUGGUGUCUGGGCUGACACAGACUCUGGUGGUGGUGUCUGGGCUGACACAGACUCUGGUGGUGGUGUCUGGGCUGACACAGACUCUGGUGGUGGUGUCUGGGCUGACACAGACUCUGGUGGUGGUGUCUGGGCUGACACAGACUCUGGUGGUGGUGUCUGGGCUGACACAGACUCUGGUGGUGGUGUCUGGGCUGACACAGACUCUGGUGGUGGUGUCUGGGCUGACACAGACUCUGGUGGUGAUGUCUGGGCUGACACAGACUCUGGUGGUGGUGUCUGGGCUGACACAGACUCUGGUGGUGGUGUCUGGGCUGACACAGACUCUGGUGACUCUGGUGGUGGUGUCUGGGCUGACACAGACUCUGGUGGUGGUGUCUGGGCUGACACAGACUCUGGUGGUGGUGUCUGGGCUGACACAGACUCUGGUGGUGGUGUCUGGGCUGACACAGACUCUGGUGGUGGUGUCUGGGCUGACACAGACUCUGGUGGUGGUGUCUGGGCUGACACAGACUCUGGUGGUGGUGUCUGGGCUGACACAGACUCUGGUGGUGGUGUCUGGGCUGACACAGACUCUGGUGGUGGUGUCUGGGCUGACACAGACUCUGGUGGUGGGGAGACUGUGGAUCCUGAGGCUGUGGAGGUGCUGCACCUGUUGUUACUUUAUGUCCCACUGUCCCUGA